AGAUCUGGCUGGUUCCUCGUCGUUCACCUCAUUUUUGAUUUGGUUCGACGGCAGGCCUCACAGUAUCAAAUUUAAUACAGACAUUCCCUUGGAAACGGUUACUUCGGUCCAAACAUUCAUACAGAAUCAUCUAAUAUUUCAUCAACUUCGGUUCACUUCAGUCCAUCAAAAUGAAGUUCCUCACAUUCGGAUUCCUUCUCGCCUCGACGAUCGUUAGCGUCAGCAGUGCUCCCGCAGAUAUCGAUAGCAGGGCUGUCAGUUAUCAAAACAACUAUGACCAACACUUGGAGGACCGCGAGGAGCGCAAGGAGGCUCGCGACAUCUCCGUCCCCUCGUUCGCCGGUGUCGAGACCACCAGCGGUGUGAUCGCUGACAUCGAGGUCGAGGAGAACGCCGUUCCCCUGAGAGCCCGCCAGCUUCUCAAGAAGAAGAAGGGCAAGAAGGGCAAGAAGGGCAAGAAGGCGAAGAAGGCUAAGAAGGCCAAGAAGGCGAAGAAGGCCGCAAAGAAGGCAAAGGCUGCUGCCCCCGCAAAGGCCAAGGGCAAGGCCGCCGCGCCCGCCGCCGGUGCCGCGAAGAAGAAGGCUGCCGCGCCCGCUACUCCUGCCGCCGGCAAGGGUAAGGGAGCUGCUGCUCCUGCUGCUCCCGCCGGUGGUGCUGCUGCUAAGGGCAAGGGCAACGCUGCCCCCGCGGCUGCUCCUCCUGCCGCCGCACCUCCCGCCGCCGCGAAGCCCAUCCAGCCUGCUCAGCCGGCUGCCGUUGCACCUGCCCCUGUUGCUCCUGCGAUUCCCGCAGCCAAGGGCAAGAACAACGGCAACUGA